GAAUCAUGAACCUCUUUGCCAUAUGUCAUGACCAUAAAAGAAACAUGAAUACCUAUAUAGAAUAUACUAUCUACGAAGUAUGUUCUCCUCAGUUUCGAUUGAGCUGAGGUGGGGUGAAAGUGACAGCCCCGCAUUGAAAGUCAGUCAGAAAGUUUGCCCCUCAUCACAAGAUUCAAUCAAUUGAAUCAACGUAAUCCUUAGUCACAAGUAAACUCGCUUAACAAUACCACAGCUCCAGUUACACACACAAUUCACUACGCAUACACAAGAUGUCGCAUUCUCAUGACGGCGUGAGCCACUCCCAUUCCCACGAGGGCAUCUCGGCCGCCGAGCACGGCCACUCUCAUGAGAUCCUCGACGGGCCCGGCAGCUUCCUCGGCCGGGAGAUGCCCAUAGUCGAGGGCCGGGACUGGAAUGAGCGGGCCUUCACCAUCGGCAUCGGAGGCCCCGUCGGCUCCGGCAAAACAGCCCUAAUGCUCGCCCUCUGUCUCGCCCUCCGCAGCAAAUACGGUCUGGCCGCCGUAACAAACGACAUCUUCACGCGCGAGGACGCCGAAUUCCUCACGCGGCACGCGGCUCUGCCAGCGCCGCGGAUCCGCGCCAUCGAGACAGGCGGGUGCCCGCACGCCGCCGUGCGCGAGGACAUAUCGGCGAACCUCGCGGCAUUGGAAGAUUUGCACGCGCAGUUCGCGCCGGACUUGCUCCUGAUCGAGUCGGGCGGCGACAAUCUCGCGGCGAAUUACAGCCGCGAGUUAGCGGAUUUCAUCAUCUACGUCAUCGACGUCAGCGGCGGCGAUAAGGUGCCGCGGAAGGGAGGGCCGGGGAUUACGCAGAGUGAUCUGUUGGUCGUGAAUAAGACGGAUCUGGCUGAGGCCGUGGGCGCUGAUUUGGGUGUUAUGGAGCGUGAUGCGCGGAAGAUGCGCGAGGGCGGGCCGACGGUCUUCGCGCAGGUGAAGAAAGAUGUCGGGGUGGAUCAUAUUGUGAAUUUGAUACUGAGUGCUUGGAAGGCGUGUGGUGCGGAAGAGGUAAGCAGGAGUAGAGGGGGCCCGAGGCCGACCGAGGGUUUAGAGACGCUGGGCUAGAACAAUCACUUGUAAAUAACUAAGUGUAAAGAAUUUGAUAUUCAUAUGCAAAAA